AGUUCACCAACAGAGGAACCGCAUUCACUGAAGCAGAGCAUCAGGGUUUCCAGGUUUGAGGAGGUCGACAGGACUUUAAAGGGGUUUGUAGAAAACUGAGUCCGGUUUGAGGAGGAACAUCCACCGGACAUCGACCCAACGACAUGGACACCGAUCCGGAGCGAGGAGGCGAGGCCGUGGUGCCCGAGCCCCGGGACAAGGUCCAGGCCUUGAGGGAUCAGGUGGAUGGAGUGAAAAAUAUCAUGACGGAGAACGUGGACCGAAUCCUGGCCCGCGGAGAGAGACUGGAUGACCUCAUGGGCAAGUCUGAGGACCUGCAAGCAGGGGCUCAACACUUCAAGCAGACAUCUCAGAAAGUGGCUCGCUCCUACUGGUGGAAGAAUGUCAAGCUGAUCGUGGUCAUCGUGGUCAUCGUCCUCAUCAUCGUCCUCAUCAUCAUACUGUUGGCCACCGGCGUCAUCCCCACCAGCGCCCCCGUGCCUCCUAUAGUCAACCCCACCGGCAAGCCAUAAACCCAUAUGAACCUCCACAUCCUGUACAGUGCAGUCUAGAAAAUGACACAUGCAAACCCCUGCUGUCUGGUGAAACCUUUACUGCUUCGGCGCUAGCUUCUACUUUAUUUCUGCUGUGGUUUAAUGAAAGUUGAUUAUACAUGCAUCAGGAAACCCCGUCAAAGCACACAGGUCCUGCCAACAGCUUAGCAUUUCCAACAUGUUUCAAGGUUUGAGGUCUUUGCCCGGCAGCAGUGAAAACAUUGUCCCCGUUCUCAAAAGGCAGUUUCUAAGCACCGUAGUCGGCUCCUUUUUGUUGAACUGUUGAACCACUAACAGUUAUUUCAUCAAAGAGGAACAUAGUGGGUCCUGUUUGCACAUUCUGGUUGUCUGUAACGUUAUCACUAAAAUGCACCUUUUACAGUUUGUAGAGUGAAUAAAAAGAAAAAUGCAGUGCCUUAAAGAAAUCACCAGGGCCUUACAAUCACAAAAGCAAAACUGUAAUGAUUUAGGUUCUAAAAUAUUUAAAUAAGAAUAGUGUCUGUUACUGUCUGUGGACUUUUAAUAUGCUUUCAGUUCCUAAAAAUAGUUGGCAUUACACUGUAAUUCUUUUUUAUACCGCUUAAAUGUGUACAUGUAGCACUGCUUUAGUUCUUUCAAAGAUGCUAUAAUUAGCUUCUUUAUUUAGUAUUGUUGGAUAGUGGAAUAAUUAUGCUCAAAUAUCUGCUUUAGGGCAAAAAAAAUUACAUAAAUUCAAAAUGUUUGGAACUGUGAUGACUUUCCGAUCGCUGAAGUGGGAGACCAGUGAUGACCACACUAACAUGCACAUCAGAUUUAUUUAGAACGAUCACAUUAAGGUUCAGUGGGAGAGAUUUAGGAGAACGAAUUCACAGAAAUGGGAGUGUUGAGUCAACUUUUAUUUAGUAAAAUAAAACUUUUAAUUGAUAAAAGGCGACUGAUAAACAUUGAGGUAAAGGCCUCAUUUGCAGCUUAACUAUGGUGGUGACAUUUAAAUUAUCAUAUAAAUUAGUUGAACGAGUUGCAACGAGACAUCUGAAUAAGCCAUGGUGAUGGAAACAAUAGAAGGCAAUAUAUUCAUGAUUAUGUUUUCAUUGCGGUGUAAUCAGCUGAAAAUAAGAAAUGUGUUUAUGUCGCCGUAGAACGAGCGGUUUAUAUCUACAGAGAGUCUGAUUUGUUGAGGCAUCAUAUUUGCACAGUAGCUUAGAUUGGACUUGUCUGUUACUGUCACAGACUGUUAAAAGUGUGAAAAAAUAACCCCCAUAACUUAAAAAAAAAAAAAAAACAGAAAAUGGACAAAUCACUGCCUCUGAGUACGUUUUAUAUCUUGCACAUUUUUCAAAGUGGGAAAAGAAGCGUUCAGUUUGCAUCUUCACCCCUAGAUGUCACCAAAUACCAUACGCUGAACCUUCCUCACUGCUUAAACUCUACAAAUACCACAGCUCUUAAGUCUAUUUUCUUAACUAAGGUCAAGCGGCAUAGAUCACUGACAGAAAACACCAGUAGUUUUUAUUCAACAGACCACCGGCAGCAUCUGUUAAAGGUUAGCUGCUUCGGCAUGUGUUGAAAGAUCAGGUUCCUCCAGCCGACCAGCUGAGAGAGACAUGUCCACCCGCUCCGUGACUCCCUCUGCUGGGCCUGUGUCAACCAACAGAAGCUCACAGACUCACAUUAUAACCAAACAAUCCUCUCCCUCCUGCCUCUGCUGUUUUAGCACCAGUUAGGCUUCUGACAGGUCCCAUUAAUCCCAUUAUGAAGUGUAUAUACUCUGCAUAUUCUCAUCUCUAUAUGUAUAUUUGAUAAAGCCUUUAACUAGUAUGUUAAUGAAGGUAUCUGUUCUUUAGAGGCUAUUUAUUUAACACUUAAUGUUAUUCAUCGGCUUUUCUUCUUCAAUCUAAAACAGACCAAUUAAAAGAUGUGAUUUCAGAGUCGAUGUCAACGUGAAUUCAUUAGAAGAACAUACACUGCACAGACUGAGCUGGACUUUUUUUUUUCCCCUUCACGCUGGAAUAUGUAGACUAUGUGAGAACAAAACCUCUAUUAUGUUCUUUUUACAUUCCUCUGGAACGCAGUAGGGCUUAUCUUAUUACCUGUUCACAGCCUGCAGGUCGGAUUCAUGCUGUUAAGACCAAGUUCAUUUAAUUCAGACUCCAACGGCAGCAGGUCUGUUACUGAAAAGACGUCCUCCACUGGGUUUAAUGCAAAAACAGAUGAAGACUCUUGUCCACUGGCCUGUGAUGAAUGUAUGGUUGGCAGAAUUUAUGAGGGUCCUGCUUUGAUGAUUUGUGGUAUGGUAUGGUUUUAUUGGUCUGAAUAAAUAGUAUUUACUUUG